UCUCGCAGUUAUGUGAUGUCUUUAAUUCAAUUGAUUUUUUUUCUAGGCGACGAUGGCGGCUCAGAUGUCGAAAUAGUAUCAAUUACACCGGUCAGAAAACCGAUUAUUCCAAAAGUAAAUUCAUUUGAGGAUAAGAUAAAAAGCAACAGAUAUGUUGAUCCUGAUUGGUUACAGAAUUUAUGUGAUACCUAUAAAAAACUCUCGAAAGAAACCGACCAGGAAUCGCAAAAUCAGAAAAUAAAAAAAGACCUUUAUGCCAAACAAAAUGAAAAAGCAUUGGCUCCUAUUGAAGACAGGAUUAAAAGGCAUAUGGCGAUUACUGAAACAGUUAUUCUGGAUGAAGCAGUCGAAGAAGAGCCCACUUUGCCAGAAUUAACCCCGGCUAUGUUGGAGAGAAUAAAAGCCGCUCUUGUACCACGUCCACCCAGUGCGGUAGUAGCUGAAGGAUUCGGACUGAGAAUAACCCGGAAUGACAUUCAUACCUUGGCCAAUUGCAAUUGGCUUAAUGAUGAGGUUAUAAAUUUUUACAUGAAUUUGCUGAUCGAACGCAGCAAAAAAGAAGGUCUUCCCAAGGUGUAUGCCUUCAACACCUUCUUCUAUCCAAAGUUGAUGGAGUCGGGCCAUGCGUCCCUCAAAAGGUGGACCAGAAAGAUAGAUAUUUUCUCGCAGGACUUGAUCAUUGUUCCUGUACAUCUGGGCGUGCACUGGUGCAUGGCUAUAAUGGAUUUUAGGAGUAAAAGAGUUGAAUACUAUGACAGUAUGGGAAGUCAUAACAAUAAAUGUCUUACAGCUCUUCUCAAGUAUCUGGAAGAAGAAAGUAAAGAUAAAAAGAAAACACCUUAUGACACAUCGGAUUGGAAAGCUGUGAAUAUGGAAGAUAUUCCGCAGCAAAUGAAUGGCAGUGAUUGCGGUAUGUUCGCGUGCACGUUUGCCGAAUACAAAUGUCGAAACGCUAAGAUCACAUUCAGUCAGAAGGAAAUGCCUUACUUCCGUCGGAAAAUGGUGUACGAAAUUCUAACGGGCAAAUUGAUGAUGUAAUCUUGUGCAAAGUGGUGAAUGUAGCAUAACUACCAAUCCGCACUGAUAAAAACUAUUGUUAAUAAAUUUUAACAAUUUUUGUAUUAUUAUUGGCUGAUAUUAGUUUUGACAAUGUAAUUUAUUAGUUUUGACAAUGAUGUAAAUUAUUUAUUUAAAAUCUGUGAAAUGAUAUUUAAAAGUGAAGUGAUAUUUUCUUCGAUGUUCAUUUUUAAUAAUCUUGUAGGAUUGAUCUUUAUUUAUUAAUAAUCUUGUCUAAUGAUCAGUUAAGCAUUAACAAUAGUAGUCAUUAAUUUAUUCAAACCCUUCAAUUUUCUAUGUUUUAUUUUCAAGAUCUUUGUUUUGAUUUUCAAUCAUUUCAAUGUUGAUGAAAGAGAUAACCAUGUACAAUUUCUCAUAGAGAAACCUAACAGAUAGAAAAUUAUGCUGAAUAAUUCAUUUUUCUACUUUUCCAUUAAAUUUAUUCAGCUUACAGGAUGCCACUUACUCUUUGUAUGUCUGAGACUUGAGACCAAAUGCUAGUUAUAAACGCCAUCAUUUAUUGUAAUUCACAAACUUUGUCAUUUUUAUCACUUAUGAAAUGUACAAAUGUAAUUUAUGAUGGAGGAUUGAUUUAUGUUCAAAUCAGGUUCUACGAAUUAAAACUAUUUCUUCAAAACUACUCUUUUUUAUUGAAACUAGAAUUUUAUAAGAAAGCUAUCUUUUUUAAACAUACAAAUUCCAGUACGAGCCUUAAUGGCAUAUCUACUAGCAUAAUAGUUCAAUAAAAAAGGAAAACAAAAUAAAUUGAAUAUAGCACUUCUUUAAAUAUCCACAACGAUUCAGUAUUUGAUUUAUAUUGUGAGGAUUAUUGUAUUGCUAGGACUAAUGGCUCAGAGUUGCUCGCCUACCAUAUCGGUGAUCAAAAAUUCACGUGAUCUCAAAAAAAGGCCAGGAAUAAUGCACGUGUUGCCGGAAGUUUGAGAAAUGUUGGGAGUGUGCUCUUUGAUGGGUGUUUCGCAAGAUUUGACAGUGGCUUCGGGCUCGCACAACUUGGUGAGCGGGCUGAACGCUGAUCCGGGGGGGCAGGUGCCGAUUUUGAUGUCGCCGGCCGCCAGGCACAUGACAAAGUAGCGGCAGUGCCCCGGGUAGGGGUGGCGCGAGUGGUCUCCGAACUCCAGCAGGCCGUGUGCCGGGCAUUGGAACCAGGAGCAAGAGCCGUGGUUCGACGAGGCAUCGCCGCCUGUGUGUUCAACGCAACGGUCCAAUAUUUAGCAUACACACCAUUGCACUAAACAAACACUGUAUUUGAUUAACAACAAAAUAUUCCUACAAAAUUACAUUUUUUUAUUUUCAUGACAUGUCCGUUUUUCCAAUCGUAAACAUCGUCAUACGAAAACUGAAUGACUUUUAAAUUAUCGGUACACUUGAUAUUAUUAAUGGUGAUUGUGAAUCUAGGUUGAGUGCAACGUUUCCUCUCUGAGGAGAUAAUCUGACGUCAUGAAGAGAAAUAACGUAGUUCAGUGAUGUCCACAACAUUAUUUUUCCCCAUCUGAAUACUAUUUAGUACUUAUUUAAUAAGCUCGAUCUUUAGAAUAUUGUUAACGAAACAUUUGACAAAAUUUUCAGAAGAUGUUCAAUGAUAUUAUAUAUCUGGUUUCAAACUAUGAAUAAAUAAAAUUGUAAGCCCUUAAGUUAGUUGUUGUUGACUUAGUUAAUUGUAGGCUACAUCUUGGUCAUUGUGGUAAAGUCAUUUAUAAACUCUCAUAAAUUGUAAGUUUUCAAUUAAAAAUUUGUUUAUUUUAGAAUUUUUA